GAACAGCCAUAAUGGAGGCAGUUGUGUUUUGCUCUUUUCUGUCUGUAUGGAUCAGUCUUGGAAGAGCAUAUGAAAAUCUUGCAUUCAACAAAUCAGCGUGGCAGCAGUAUCCUUACUCAGGUAGACAUUGGGGAGCAGAUCUUGCUGUUGACGGACGGUAUACAGACCUGUCUGCUUCUGGAGGACAGUGUGUGAUAUCAGCCAACCAAAAAUUAACAGCAGAAUGGCGUGUAGACCUGGGAGAGGUACUCAGUUUACAUCAUAUCUUUCUACAGUUCAGGACGGAUAAUGUUAACUGGGAUGAAAAAAAUGGCUACACUGCUAGAUAUCUUGGAUACUCUGUCUACAUAUCAAACUCAACCAAUAAAGAUGCCGGAGUCCUGUGUUUCAAGGACACCGACUACACCAGAGCCACAACACCCAAUCCUACAAACAUAACGUGUACCAGACAUGGUAGAUACGUCAUCUACUACAACAACAGGACCCACCCUCCGUUUCCUGCUGGGUAUGAUCAGUACGCAUACAACGAACUGUGUGAAGUGGAAGUGUAUGGAUGCCCGACACCAGGAUAUUACGGAGAGGACUGUUCUUUAUCGUGUCCACAGAACUGUCAGGAAGGUCACUGUCACAUUGGGGAUGGAACCUGUCUGGGCUGUGUACCAGGAUACAAAGGUCCAACUUGUAAUGAAAAAUGUCUUGAUCAAACGUACGGUCUGGAGUGUCAAAAGAAUUGUGGAAAUUGUAAAAACAAAGAACCUUGUCAUCAUGUGAACGGAAAUUGCCUGAACGGAUGUGCCAGCGGAUUUUAUGGCGAUACGUGCAAUUUAGAUUGUCCUGACGGUUGGUAUAUGUCUAACUGCCAGGAACAGUGUAACAUCAACUGUGGAGUUCCAUACCGAUGUGACAGGGUGACAGGACAGUGUGAGGGAGGAUGUCAGGUGGGGUGGAAAGGCGUCACGUGCGAUACACAUUGCAAUGGCGGACAGUUCGGACAGAAUUGCAGCUCUGUUUGUGGCCACUGUCUUGACAAAGAACAAUGCCACUACAUCCAUGGAACCUGUUCCAAUGGAUGUGAUGACGGCUACCAAGGACGAGACUGUACCCAAGUUUGCAAAAACAAUACAUUUGGAUCCAAAUGUUCAUUUACCUGUGGGAACUGCCUUUACCAGUAUGGAGAACAAUGUCAUCACGAGACUGGUCAAUGUUCACAUGGAUGUGACGUUGGUUUCCAUGGUGAUCGGUGCGAUCAAGGUAUCGAUACUUCCAGUGAUCCUGCGUUGACAUGUCAAUCAUCCACUGCACUUUAUGGUUCUGUGACCAUUAUAGUGCUUAGUGUACUAUUAAAUGUGUUUUUCAUCAUCAGACAACUAAGAAAAAGCUUGUGUACAUGUUCAUGUUUACAACAAAAGAUCCCAGAUAACGUCGAUAAACACUUUGAUGGAAAGAACAUUGAGUUAGAAAAGACAACGCAUUUUUCAAAGUCAAAGUAUGACCAAGCAGAAGACAAUGCUGCCUAUCAAGAGCUUGGAGAAAUAACGAAAGAAUCCCCGUAUAACAAUCUUUCUUGAUGGUAUAAUUAGGAUCCAGAGUGGUUAUGAAUAUAUUUUUGUGAACGCUUAUUAAUUUAAUUUAUAUUAAAAACCGCAGUUUAUCGGCCAGGAUGUACUUUCGAUACAAUAAUAACUAGAUGUUGUCAUUAGACAGUAAUACCCGCACCAAGUGUUUGCCCCCAAAUAACACUGUUUUGUACCAGUUUAAUUAAAAAUGAAGGCCACAUGCAAGCUCCGGUAAUACAUUUAAAAAUUAUAAUUUUCAUAACUGAAGGAUGAGAUCCCUUCCCAUAUGAUAAUACAUAUGAGCAGCUUUUUAUGUGCAAUUUGGGGUUGAACUGUUUGCAGUGAGUUUUCAGUUAAUCAAUAAUCUUAACAUUUCAUGUCAUAGAAAGUAUAAUGGUCUAUAUAAUUAUUACAAACAAAAUUAAAAAUUGAAUUAUGCCCCCUCCCCGUGGCGGUUGCCGGUUUUAGAUUUGCUUAUGUGUGCCUACAUGUACAUCAUCGUGUGCACAGAUUUAGAGAAGGGGUGGGAGUGAGGGGUCCAGACCCCCCUCCCCCCCCCUGAAAAUUCAUUUAUAUCAAUUGUAAAAUUACCAAAACAUACACCUUGGACCCCAAUACUCUUACAGACAUGUAAACACUCUAACCCACUGCGCUUCAAUGUUAGGCAACAUUAUUUGGGGGUAAAUAUUUAAUUAAUAUUUAAUAUACUUUAUUGUUUAUCUCAAUAGGAAGUAUACAUCACAAUACUGCACCACCUUAAAGCUGUUAUUUACCUAAUAAAAUAGUGCAAGUGGAUUUGAAGAAUAGGUCAUAAAAAUACAUGCAUGUUACAAAUAACUGAUCUUUGUCUGCAAAUAAUGCUGAAAAAUUCAAAUCUGUACUUCAUUCAUUUCUUGAGAAAAUGAAUAAUUAGUAACAACAAGUUUUGUCAGGCGGCGCAAUGUGCGACGUCGAAAAUUUCCAGUCUUUUGUUGUUGCUAAACUCUCCACAUCGUUGACGAUAACAUUAACGUUUUAUUUCCGAAAUGUCUUAGAAAAAAUAUUAUCUUUGAACAUGUACCCUGAGUGCACAUUAAACAUAUAUUUCUAGUUUGU